AUGAAUAGCCACGACUUUGUCCAUAUGCUGCUUGUGGAUGGUUGUUUCGUGGUCGAGUUUUUGAUAGCUAGUGAACAACUUCAAACUCAAACUACAUCAAGAGUUGAUCCUUUAGUGUCCAAAGCUAUGAACAUAAAUCUAUAUCAUGACUUGAUCUUGCUCGAGAACCAGCUUCCUUUUUUCGUUCUUCAAGGUCUUCUUUACUUUAUUGAUGAACCGAACAAUGACGAUAGCUUUACGGUCUUAGUAAAUAUUGUACAUAAUUUUUUUCAAGCUAACUUCAUGAAACAUUAUUGUAAGAUUCCUCAAAAUAUCUUCUCCCCCACUAGAAAAAAUAUAAGGCAUUUGGUAGAUUUCUUAGGCUUUUACUAUUCCCCGACCACUACAGACAUUAUUAAUCAAGGCAACGACAGAUUGUUAUUUCUUCCUCCAUCUACGACUGAGCUGUAUGAAGCUGGAGUGAUCUUGGAGAAAGCAAUAACUACAAAUGAUCAUUACAACAUUAUGGGCAUAAGUUUUGAAGGCGGGGUUCUUAAAAUCCCACCUUUUGAAAUUCAUGAUCUCUUUGAAAUCACCAUGAGGAAUUUGUUGGCAUUUGAGAAUUUUCAAGGUGGAAGUGCGAGUGAAAGCUCAGCAAUUCAUUAUAUUUUGUUUUUAGGGGCUUUAAUAAGUAAAGAGAAAGAUUCAAGUUUACUUAUGAAGAAGGGAAUCCUAAGUAAUCUUAUUGGAGGUAGUGAUGAAGAAGUUUCCAAUAUGUUCAAUAACAUUGGUAAAGGUGUGAGAUUUCGAGGACAUUUUUGCUAUGAUAGUACAAGCAGAAAUUUACGUAAACAUUGCGACGCAAAAAGUAACCAAUGGAUGGCUAUAUUGAAGCGUGAUUAUUUCAAUACGCCAUGGACUAUUACUUCUUUCAUUUUUGCCGUCAUAUUCGCCCUCAUCACUCUACUCCAAACGACAUUCACCAUAUACCACACUACAGAUAAAGAUCGUCAUGUGUAG